CUCCACCCCGAAUGUCUCAGACCUCCACCCCCGAAUAUCUCGGCCUCGUCCGGCUCUUGACACUCUCCAGUCUCGACACUGUCGUGGUCUCUAGUCUACAACACGGACGGGCAGCUGCAGGUAAAAGCUCCAGACCUUCCUCCAGCAGCUUGGCCCGGCGGCUCUCGAACCCUCGGUGGUUUGCCACACAGCAGUUGAACGUCCGCUCCAGGUCUUGAGCCUGGAACUGCUGGAUGAGCAGAACACACUCGACGGUUUUGUCUUGAUACGGUGAGGUGACUGUGCUGCAACCAAGGAGGUGCUGGUUACCCACUUCCGCUCUGAAGGUUCUGCUCCUCUACACUAGAGGCUGGUACCUUCUCGUCUCUGCGUAUCGGGUGUCGGUCAGUUCUUCCACUUUGGUCCCGUCAACUGUCCACCAGAUGGCGCUGGGUGAGUCCAGGAAUGGAAACAAGCCUUUGCACGUGAGCUUGACCUCCGAGUCUGAGGCAGAUCACAUGUCAUCCAAGGCCUUGAACAGCCAGAGCGGCGCGAGGACAGAAGCAAGGACAGGAGAAGAGAGACGGCGACAGAGGAGCACGAGGGUCGGCGAUGGAGACGUGGACGAACCACUCACGCAGUCUGACGUGGAAGAGCAGAUCUCUGCCCGGAGGGUGGAGGAUGCUGGGCUCCUUAGGAAGCGACGUUGGAGCUGAGGAGGCAGACACAGGAGCCUGAGUGGUGCGCUGAGGCAGGCAGCUGCGCGAGAGCAGGCGGGGUCCUCACAGACGGCCGUCACGUUGACGCUCCUGGUGAAGCUCAGCGGGCGGCCGCCCCUCUGAUAGUGGACCCGGCAGAAGUAGAGUCCGCCGUAGGGAGGCCACAUGGUGAGGAUCUCCAGAGCCACGCCUCCUUUGGGCUGAAUGUCGUCGCGCCAGAAGGGGUACGGCCGGCAACCCUGGAAGACACACAGACUCAGGCUCCGCCUGCCGGGCCGAGAGAGAGCCCGGCCUUGUCUCACGUGGUACCAGGUGACGGAGGGCGGCGCCUCGGACACGCCGGCUGCCUGCUCCAGGUGCGGACACUGCAGCACGCCGCCCAUGUGCAGGGGCACCACCACGGGAGAGGCGGCCUGGGCCACAGGAAGCCUGUUGUGGUGGCAGGCGGCCGGAGUCGCCGGCUGGGGCAACACCUGCAGACGCACCGACCACUUCCAGCAGGAGGAGCUGUUGCUGCAGGAGACGUAGGGCGUGAGCGGCGCUCACCUGGUGAGUCCUGAGAGUCGGGCUUUUACCGAACCAAGCAGACGUAAGGUCCAGAGUCGGUCAGGACUGAGGGCUGGAACCAGAGGUGCUGCGAGUCCCUGCUGACCCGGGAGCUGACACACACACACACACACAGCAGGUCAACACACUCACACACUCACACACACAUCUACAAACACACACUCACUCACACACACAAACACACACACUCACUCACACACACACACAUCCACACACACACACACUCACACAUCCACACACACACACACUCACACACACAUCCACAAACACACACUCACACACACACACACAUCCAAAAACACAGACUCACUCACACACACACACCACACACUCACACACACAAACACACACAUCCACAAACACACAAACACACACACAAACACACACACACUCACUCACUCACACAAACACACACAUCCACAAACACACAAACAAACACACACACACACACACACUCACUCACACACACAUCCACAAACACACAAACACACACACAAACACACACUCACUCACUCACACACACAAACACACACAUCCACAAACACACAAACACACACAUCCACAAACACACACUCACACACACAUCCACAAACACACACUCACUCACACAAACACACUCACACACACAUCCACAAACACACACUCACACACACAUCCACAAACACACUCACACACACUCACAUCCACACACAAACACACACACACUCACAUCCACAAACACACACACUCACACACACACUCACACACUCACAUCCACAAACACACACUCACACACACAAACACACUCACUCACACUCACACACACUCACAUCCACAAACACACACACAAACACACACAUCCACAAACACACAAACACACACACACUCACUCACUCACACAAACACACACAUCCACAAACACACAAACACACACACAAACACACACACACACUCACUCACACACACAUCCACAAACACACACUCACACACACAAACACACACACACUCACUCACUCACUCACACACACAAACACACACAUCCACAAACACACACUCACACACACAUCCACAAACACACACUCACUCACACAAACACACUCACACACACAUCCACAAACACACACUCACACACACAUCCACAAACACACACUCACUCACUCACACAAACACACUCACACACACUCACAUCCACACACAAACACACACACACUCACAUCCACAAACACACACUCACACACACACACAUCCACACACACACACACACUCACUCACACACACAAACACACACAUCCAAAAACACACACUCACUCACACACACAUCCACAAACACACUCACACACACUCACAUCCACACACAAACACACACACACUCACAUCCACAAACACACACACUCACACACACACUCACACACUCACAUCCACAAACACACACUCACACACACAAACACACUCACUCACACUCACACACACUCACAUCCACAAACACACACACACACACACACACACACACACACACACACACACACACACACACACACCACACACGCACCUGUAUGUGAUCGGCUGCUCCUCGUCGCCCUCCUUUGGCUGGUACCAGUCCACAGAGAGUCCAGGACUCGGGUGAGAGAAGAGAGGACACGAGAUCCAGCCCGACUCUCCUUCCAGAACUGAGACAGGAGCAGAACUGGACUCUCCGCUGUCAUCACACACAGAGCCUGGGACAGGAGGCGUUAGGAUGGGUGUCACGUGACCUCGCUGGCCACCACUCACCCGCCGUGGCGCUUGCCACUGGCUCAGGAAGCAGGCGGGAGAGGAAGAGGAGGGUGGAGAUGAAGAUGGUCCCAAAGGCCGGAGGAGAAGACAUCAUGGAAGAAGAGCUAGUUGAGAGGUGAAGGAGAAGAAUGUGACCACGGUCGUCCUCCUCCUCCUCACCACCACACACACACACACACAGGCUUGUCUCUCUAUCCUCGUGAGGACCAUCACCCUUUCCCCAGCCUCUCCCCCUAAACACGUGGCUCACCUGAACCGGGACUCUGGACCAGGCUGAGACCCAGAUGUUGUGAAAGCGUCCUCGCUCGGCUGGUUCAAAGCUCACACCGGUCCUCACAAAGCCAGAAGUUCAGGAGCACACACAAGUCACGGUGCGAGCCAGGAGCCACGCACAUGACAGAGGAAGCUGGACCGCAGCGGGCGGCUCAGCAGCGUCGCAUCAGCCCCGACGAGGCGUCGGCUGGGGGCGAACAGGAAACGCGAGGCGGUUGCGACACCGGCGGCUGUGAAGGAGGGGAGAUGCUGACACCUGCUGGGCUCUGCGCGUGUUACCAAUAGAUCCACACCAGCGUCGGCAGUUGUGCCGCGGAGUGAACCGCGUCUGGGCGGAAUUGAGCCCGCGCUUCUGCCCGGCUCCGAGACUCAUCCCAGGAGCCUCGUCACGGAAGCAGACAGACAGCAGGAGGCCGGGUUCAUGCUCAACAGAUCCGCAGAAACAAGAGACAGACAAGCAGCCGCCGUGACCGCUGGAGCCAAAGCCCCGCUCAGGAAAUGGGCAAACGGGAAGCGAGCUGAGAAAAUAAGAGCACACAGGAAGUGAUGAUCUUUGUUGCGAUUGUGGUCGUUGUAAAACUAAAUCUCGGAUCCACUUGACUUUGAAAGGGUUAUCCCCAGUUUCAGGCGGCGUGAAGGUUGUUUUUAAAAUCUUCGGAAGAGUUUGGUCGAGCAAAUGUUCAGCAUGAGCAACGACCUUUGACCUUGGCCAUUCUUGCCCGAGCUCAUUCUUCUUCUUCUUCUGAGCUCCGCCCCCACGUGGGUGCAGGUCGCUGCUCCGUGAGUGGAGCCCCGGUGGCUCCGUCACGCAGGUUUUGCUCUGCGACCCUCAACAUGGGGGUGAAGAGAGACUGGGGGGCAGCAACAGACACUGACUUCCGGGACCCUUGUUUCAUCCUUGACGUGACGUCGAGCUGCGGCUCCGCUUGAAGUGUCCGAGCGCGUCCUGGACCUUACUUCCCUUCAGACACCAGGGGGCGUCGCUGGACUGGCCAAGCAUGUGCGUGCGUGCGUGCGCGCGGGGAGCAGGAAGAGGAAAAGGUGACCGUUUCCUUUUGCAGCUAAAAAAUAAAGCAAACAGGAAACCAGCGGAUCUCAAGAGCAGGAUCCUAAAACAGAGCAGCCAGAACCAGCGGCAGCGCCAGAACCAGCACCGCGCACACAAGGUCGGACCGCGUGCCCUCCUCCCGCCCCCUCUCCGCCAUGCCUCUCCUCCAGAACCUGCACGGUUGCCUAAAGAGCCACAGCGUGCUGCUGGACGGUGUCUUGAUCCUUCGCAGGAUGAGCCUCCCCCCCCACCACCACAACCCCUUUGGGGAGGAGGCCAGCGGCGACCCCGAGGAUGGCUGGCCCCCCGGCAGCUUGCUGCUGGACGGCGUGGCGCCACGAGACCGGAACCCGUUUGAGGACGAGGAGGACGAGAACGAGGCCAACGAGGGGAAGAAGAGCAAGGGCAGCCAGUCUGGGAGGACCUCCUUCAAGCUGACGUCCCCCCUGAAGACUCUGGGAAAGAUUGGGAAGAGCCUUCGCGCCUCAGGGAGGGCCAAAGGCAGCGAGACUCCGUCGCCACAGGGCUCCCUGCAGGGAACGCCCUCCCCGAGCCUGAAGAAGAAGAGGGGCCGCAGGAGCUCCGAGGGAAGUCUGCUCAGGUUUGCUGGGAAGUACCGCGACACUCUGAGUCUCCGGAAGGACUCGCUGACCAAUGGUGAGCUCAGCCGCCCGGAGAGCGAGUGUGACUCAGGCAGCCGGCGCGUAUCCUUCAUGAAGAUGGUGGGUCGGGCCAAGAAACGAGAGUCUGGUGCUGAGCGCUCCUCAGAAGGUCCGGAGCUCCAGCCGGAGGAGGCGGCGCAGGACGAAGUGAAGCCACGGGAGCCGCUUUCAGUGCUGGAGAUCCUGCAGCUGGUGAAGACGCGCGACCUGCUCCUGGCUGACUCUCAUAUCCUGGAGCUGGAGCAGGAGUGCCAUGCGGCAGAGCGGGCUCCGCCCACUCACGCUGACGACGCCCCGAGUCCCGCUGCCAAGGACGGCACCCGACGGAAGCGGAGGGAUGUGGAGCUUCUGUAUGAGGAGCUGCAGAAGGAGCUGUGGGCCAUCGUGAGGGAGUCGCUCCGCUCCCCCACCGCUGGACCCAACCUGUGCCUCGUGGUGCAGGUGCUGCAGCAGGAGGAGCAGGCCGACAGAGACUGGGCUGUCAACACGACGCCGCCCCCUGGUGGUCGGAGGCCACGUCAGCUGCGGCAGCGCUGGAAGGAGGCGGUGGAGGACGCGGCCGACUGGUCCCUGCCUCAGAGGGGCCACGUCCCUGGGGAACUGCGCGGCUACCUGGACCGGCUGCGAGUGUGUGUGGUGGAGGAGCUCACAGCUGCCAGGAGGAACGUGGUGUCCACGUACCCCGAGGAGUACGAGGCCUUCCAGGUGUAUGUGCAGAGUUACCACGCGGCUCUGGCACGACGUCUGGAGGUGGUGGCUGACUCCCAGCUGGACGUGCCUGACGUCUACUCCCUCCUGGACUGGCUGCACAACAUCUACCAGAGGGAUGUUCUGGGCACCGUGUGUAUCACCAGCCCCUUCUGCGGCUCUCGCCUCAGUCCUCUGCUGCCGGCGGUGAUGGUGGAGCGUCUGGAGCAGGACUGCCUGAACUUCGUCAGGGCCAACGUCACCGUGGAGAUGGUUCAGCUCCUGGAGGAGGAGGAGAAGCGCUGGCUGGAGCCAGCGCAGGCUGAGGAGUUCCACCUGCCGAUGGCGGCCACCGUGGUGCAGAGGCUGCAGCUGGACCUGGAGCGCUCUGCCCUCAUCAGCUCCAGCCUGGGCUCCAGGGUGGCGCUGUGCACCCUGAACGGCCUGGCCGACUUCCUCUUCAGUUUCCAGCGGAAGGUGGAGAUGUUCCACGAGGGGAUGCAGAGCGCUGCGUUUGGAGACAGCCAGGACAGUUAUGUGUCCAGAACCAUCGCCAUGGUCAACUUCUGCCCGCCCCUCAGGGGCUUCACGCAGCGCUGCGCCGAGCCCGAUCCGCCCGCCGGCGCCGACUCUCUGAGUCGAGCCUUCAAGUCUCUGGACCUGGUGGUCCUGCAGGGCGUCCGCGUGCUGACCGAGCGUCUGUACGUGCACAUCAAGCCCCUGUUCGAGCAGCUGGUGAGGAGGAAGUGGCUGAACAGCACAGAGCCCUACGACAACAUCGAGGCGCUGAUCCGAGAGUCUUUCACAAGAUACCAGAAGAUGGAGAGUCCUCCCUACCAGCUGCUGGUGGCCGAGGUGCAUCGGCGCGUGGUGGUGGAGUAUCUGCGAGCGCUGAUGCGAGGACGCAUCGUCUGCAGGUCGCUGAAGACCAGGAAGAAGAUGUCCACGCGGCUCCGGGACGAGGGACGACUCAUCCGGGCCCUGUUUAAAGAGUUGGAGUCGCCCUCCUCCUGGCUCGACGGCGCUCUGGCUCACAUUUCUGAGAUCCUACAGCUGGAGGACAUCCCUGCUGUCCAGAUGGAGGUGGGCAUCCUGGCCCGAGAGUUUCCGGACAUCCGGAAGAAGCACGUGUCGGCGCUGCUGAACAUCCGAGGAGGCGCGCGGCAGUCGGAGCGUCAGGAGAUCCUGGACAUCGUGUCUGACAUCGAGAGCAGUGGCUGCCCCUCGGCCAGGAUGUCCCGCGACCGCGCCGUCUUCUCGGAGGUCCCGGUCACCUCGGAGGUGCGCUGCCUGAAUCUGGGCAUGAGCCGGCUUGUCUCUUGCGUGGGCGCCAUCGGGCCUCGCCGUCGGACAGGCCGAGCGCCCCGUCGGGACAGCGCCACCCAUGCACUCUGAAGCUCCUGUGGCGGAACCCGGGGACACGCGCUGGGCUGGCGUCCGCCGCUGACCCCGUCACAGACGUGGGCCCUCCUGCCCUGGGCUCCGGUCCCGGGCGGCCGCCACCAGACCACGUGACCCACUGUGUGUCUGGGGGAAGCUUUGGAAUCAGUUUCAAGUUUGGGGUUCCAGUCGUCACCAAUA